CAAUGGUUACCAGUAUCCAAGUAUCCUUUGCACAGACAAAAUGGUGACACGCUGUUCUAUUAGGACAUCUAACUAGAGACGCGUAAAAAGGAUUUAUAUUCUACAUUAGACAUAUAGGUCAAUAUUUAUAUCAUGUCGAUUAAAAGUUGUUUCAAUUACGAAAAUAAUAUUUGCAAGCUAUAAUACGUCAGAUAGAAAUUGUUUUCUUGCACUACUUGCUUCCUACACUACUUUGACAGCUAUCAAUAUAUAGUUGUGACAAAACGUCCACUCCAUGUGAUUCCUCUGAUAAGUAUACUGACGUGACAAUGCACGUACGUAAAGUGUCAUUUAUUUUUUGAAGAGUAUUACACCAUAUUUCACUAUAAUUCUAUAAUUUCUUAUGAAAGCAAGCGAUAUUCGAGCAAGACACGAUGUUUUUAGGACGCUUAGUAGCUCAGUGUGCACUUGUGUAAAAACAAAUACUUCACGAGUUUGCCAAAAAAAUAAUCACGAUCUCUCGUCAGCUGAUAAAAUUCACAAUUCAAUCAUGUUCACGACGCUAAAUUAACAGCUCCCACGGUACUGUACUUCUGCUGGUUUCCAAUUGUGAUUUGAAGUUUCUUACAUGUCUUAUGCCUGGAGCUCAUAAUCCAAAAGCUAAUGAUAACGGACGGUUAAUAAAGAGUCAAAAGCCAAGUUUAGUGCAAAUAUGUCACGCAUCAAGUUAUUCCUGGCCAGAAAAGUAAAUGAAAAUGCAACCAUCGUUUAACAACAAUUGCAGCGGAGAGGCACAGACAAGAAUGUUUCUCUUUGAAGUUGCUCUACAAUUAUCAAGCUCAGCUACGUAGACAUCCUUGUCAUCAACCUAGCCACCACUGCCAUAAUCUGCAACAAGACCGAUCAUGGCUGAUGCAUCUGCCAAAGAUCAGUAUCCUCUUCACAGAUGUAUAUUCGAAGGAGAUAUCAAAGGGUUAAGCUUACUAAUCAGGACACAUGAUGUUUCAGAAAAAGAUAACCAAGGAAAUACGCCCUUGCAUUUGGCUGUUAUGUUAGGAAGAAAAGAGUUUGUCCAGUUGUUGCUUGCACAUGGGGCAUCCGUAAAGAUUAAGAAUCUGGCUGGAUGGAGCCCUUUGGCAGAAGCUAUCAGUUAUGGCGAUAGACAAACCAUAUCAUCUUUAGUAAGAAAAUUAAAGCAACAAGCAAGGGAGCAGAUGGAGGAAAGGAGACCAAAUUUGGUUACUGCAUUGCGGCAGAUGGGAGACUUUUACAUGGAACUUAAAUGGGAUUUUCAGAGUUGGGUACCCUUGGUAUCUAGAAUACUGCCAUCAGACAUCUGUAGAAUACAUAAAAGUGGAGCGUCGAUAAGAAUGGAUACCACACUUGUAGAUUUCAAUGAUAUGAGAUGGGAAAGGGGUGACAUAUCUUUCAUCUUUAAUGGAGAUCAAAAGCCGAGCAAAUCACUCACUGUCCUCGACAAUAAGGCCAAACUCUAUCAGAGAGUUAAAUAUGAGGAGACUGAACUUGAGAUAGAGGAUGAAAUCGAUAUUCGCAUGUCCAGUGACAUCAUGGCAGUUCAAAUGUCAACGAAAGGUAUCACAUUCUCAAGAGCGCAGACUGGAUGGAUUUUCAGAGAAGAUAAAAGAGAAAUGGUUGGUCCUUUUCAAGCCGAUUUCUAUCAGAUAAAUGGCAUGGUGUUGGAGAGUAGAAAAAGACGAGAGCACCUGAGUGAGGAGGACCUUCAAAAAAAUAAAGCCAUUAUGGAGUCCUUGACAAAAGGGAGUUCUCAAGGUUUCACAAACGGGGAGCAGCCUCCAUUGAGAAGAGCUUCGUUAAACCCACCACCGGAGUCUAGCAUCACUUGGGAGGAGUACCUUGCCGCAUCACCCGGUGAAUGCCCUCUGCUGGGCAGAUGCCAUGUAUACAAAGAGAGCAGCAAGUCAUUCAAGGCGACAGUGGCUAUGAGCCCGGACUUUCCAUUGACAGUUGGCAUGUUGCUUAACGUCUUGGAAGUCAUCGCACCAUUCAAGCACUUUAGCAAAUUGCGACAAUUCGUCUUGAUGAAACUGCCACCCGGGUUCCCUGUCAAGAUUGACAUACCCAUUCUACCCACGGUCACAGCGAAAAUAACAUUUCAAGAGUUCGCCUUUAGAAACGAUAUCGAUCCAGAAUUGUUUCAAGUACCGUCAGACUACUUUGAAGAUCCCAUGAGGUUUCCAGACUUCUGACGCUUCGACAGCCUAACACUAAUUGAGGUCAAUUAUCGGACCUAUCUGGGACUUGCUCGUUUUCUGCUUGGGGAACGCCUAACAGUCGAGUUUCCGUGUUGCAUCAGCCUCGGCAGCAUCUGUUACAGUCGCUGCGUCCAGCUCAUCGAGUAACACGCUGUAAUACAUCCAUACUUAAGUACGAAGAGUGUUGAAUAGCGGAUAUGGAGAAAAAACUGGACCUGCAGAGUCGUCGAUCAUCAAUUUUUGUGACCUCCUUCUUCUGGCUUUACGAUAAACAGCGACAUGCGAAUCGAUCAGUCGACAUUCAGUACUCUUCGUUCGAGAAAUUCGUCAGUGUUCACAUUGUCAUCGAGAGCAUCGCGCCCAUCAUAAUUUCUAACUCCCACUGCUCGAGUAACAAUUGGCUCGCCACUAUAUAACUUAACUGUCAACCCCUGACAAGCAAUAAUGGCAUUUGACUGAGCAUCUGGGAGCAAGCAACUUAAUUGAGCUCAACGCUGGGCUUUAAAAUGUCCAAAAGAUAAUCGAGAAGUCUGAUUUUUGCGCAUGUCUAAGCGCCACGAAAUUAUUUCUUCGUACGCUGACAAAGAAGUUUUAAUCAAAGUGCAAUCAUCAUCUGUCAUUUACAAUCGUUACACUUUUAUUGAAAUGACUGUAGCACCGACUUUCGUUGCUGACUCUUUUUUUUAUUUAUUUAUUUUUUUUUAAAUUAAUACUUACGAUCACAGUUAUGCGCAUACUUGACGAGAUCAUUUUUGAAAUUACAGGUAAGUUUGUGACAGUAGAUUUGCAAGAAACGUUUUUACAAGACAUAGGUAAAUGCGUUGUACUGUAAAAUAUUAUGCUCUUAAAGAACAAAAUUUUAUCCGUUCUUUUUCAUUUAUUCGAUAAUAAUGUUACAGUAUUUCAAUUUGGAAAGAAUUUUCAUCUUGAAAAGAAAAUGACAUUUGCAGGCGUACCUUUAGUUAACGCGUUUGUCCGUUCGCUUUUGCGCUAAAAAAUCAGGCAAAAGGUGUACUUUCUUAAAACUAUUGAGAGUUCUCAUGCACUUUCCUCGCCAUACUAUCGUCGAAUUUUUCUUCGAAGCCAAUGGAAAAAUGGAAAGCGGCAGCGGUGCUGUUGUCCUAACGUUUUUCGAAUCGUUAUUAUUCAUUAUUCAAUAUGCCGAUGGAUUUUUUUCACCAUUGUCCAAAUUUAUUCGCUAUACUCAGGCAUAACAAUGUACGCGUAACUCCUUUCCCUGUGUAAAGUGUGUCGUGCUCGAGCUUACUUUGUUCUUAUUAUACGUCAGUGUGAAAUGAUUAGGUAAUUAGCGAUUAAGAAAAAUUAUGCCAUUCAAUGCCUCGAUGAUAAAGUGUUCCCUAUAGCCUCAAACUAUAUUUUUAAAUAAUCAUGCAGGUUGUCGUACUCGACAGUGUAUCACGAAA